AUGGUAGACAGUGCUUGCUCAAACGUCGCCGAUACCGCCCUCCUGAGCGGAGUGCGAUGCGUCUUCCCUCCCGGGGGCACUUUCGACUUGACAGUCUCGUCUAAUUCAAGUUCCGCCCCGGGCGUAGACGGACAGGGUGGCUCUGGAUCAGGCUAUGGUACCAGCUUCGUCGCCUUGCCAAGCGACGUUACUCUGGCUGAAGGCACCACUACCGACUGUGGCUACUAUUACACCGUGGUGUCGGGAGACACCUGCGUGUCGCUCUUGGCGGAGGCCAACACGCCGUUCAAUUUAUUUAUGGCUGCAAAUCCGUCCAUCACAUCCGCCGCGGUCUGUGACGAUGAACUGACAGUUGGUGUGACCUACUGUAUUCAUCCCAUGAGCGGCUUCAAUACAACAAGCGUGAGUGGUAACCUGACCGUCUCCACCAAUGGAUUGGGUGGGAACGGGACUACCUGUCUGGGCUCGUCGUUUGGAGACUGCUGUUCCAUCUCUGGGUAUUGUGGCAGCACUUCCGACUACUGCACGGCCGGAAUCUGCGAUGCGACCCAUGGCCUCUGUGUCUCAGGUAACCCUGUCUCGCUAGACGGCCUCUGUGCAUCCCAGUCGUCAACCAACGCGACUUGUGCUGGAAGUGACUGUUGUUCAGUUAAUGGCUACGGUGGAAGCACCGGCGAGUACUGCGGCAUCGGGACCUGCGACUCUGCGUUUGGUAACUGUGAUACGGUGACAGUGAGUCCAGACGGACUGUGCGGCUCCAUGUCUUCUGUCAACGCAAGCUGUGCGGGCAGUCAGUUUGGCGACUGCUGCUUGGUGAACGGAUACUGCGGUGGCUCGGAUGCUUAUUGCGCAGCAGUGAAUUGUUUGACGGACUAUGGCAGCUGCUCACCUUGA